AUGAAUAUUACGAACCUGCGAGAGGACAGAAGUGACACAGUGUUUGACGCACAGGUCAAUGGGGUCAGAGAGUCCCUGGGAGCCUCUCUCCUCCAGGAAGGGAAGGAAGGCUUUCUCGAACAUGGACGGAGUGCUGAGCACCACCACGGCCAAGCAGUCAUCCGGAGCUACUGCAAGAUGAACUGGGACCGCCAACUGAGCUCCAUCCUUUCUGCAGCCGACAACAGUGUGGCCAAUAUGAGAGGGCGACUGUCCUUACUGGGGACGUCAAGCAAAAGGGAAGAAGAGUUAUUUCCUUUCAGGGAGAAGAUUCCUAUUUCAGAUUUUGAAAGGCACGCCGUGUGCUCUCCAUCACCUGGCGCACGGCAGCAUCUUACAUUCAAUUCCGGGGUGCAGUGGGCGGAUUUAGACUCCAUCCAGUCUCAGCUCCAGACACAGAACCAGGCAAUUGAGUCACUCAUGAAGAAAGUUGGCGACAUGGAACGAGAGAAAGUGUCUCACCAAUUUCACAUUCAGACGUUGCAAGCGGAAGUGGACCGAUUGCGUGAAGACUUGAGAGGGAGGAGAAGUGAGAAGGAGGACUUUCGAGGAGGGGAUCGAGGAAUGAGAGACCGUGCAGUCACCUUUUCGAAGGAGAGUUGGAGCUCCAAAGUGUCGCGAGCGGAAUUGGAACACCUGAGCAGAGAGGUGGACCAGCUGAACACUCGACUGAGGAGGCAAGAGGAAAGAAUGAUGCACCAGGAGAAAGAGGUCCGGGAAAGCCGGCAACAGUGCCGGCAUGACCGUGAGAUUCUCCAGGAGGUGAUGGACAGCUACAAAGCUCACUGUGCGGAUCUGGCCAAAAGUGCCUUUGAGUAUACGCAAAAGGAGCUCCGCCACAUUAGCGCCACAGUGUCAGAACUGGAGGGCGAGGUCAGGCGUCUGCAUGAGCUCCGAGCCGCGAUACCAGCAAUUGUCCCAGAUGGCUCGCCCAGGCUCGGCAGAAGGCUCAAAAUCGAAGAGGUCAGGCAGUACUCAGACUCGGAGGACCUCAGUCCGACCGUGAGCCUGGCGGAGAUCAGCUCAGAUCUCUCGCUGCUGGAUGACGUCCCCCCUGAGUGGCCGAGUGUUGGCUCCAGGGUAAAGUGUGAUUUCCUAGAGGUGGAGGAAGAUGACGACAAUGAUGACAUCCUGGAUGACGACGUGAACACGGAGCUAGGGUCUGACCUAAGUCUGACGGACUUGUAACGCUCUUUUUUUUUUUAUGUGAUUGGAAUCUACAAAGUUUUGGGUUGCCAAUCGUCAGGGGAUUGUGGUACACGGUUCCCAGGCUAUUUUGUGGUUCAUCGUUCGGACUGCUGGUCACACGCUAUCCUUUCUUUUCUAUGGGUUUUUAUAAUAUACUAACGAUAUAUUAUGCCCCUGCAUCUUGGAACGGAGAGCAACAGUUAUGAUGCACCUAUCAGCCAUUUAUUGAACGUUGGAAAAACAGUAAAACACGGUGAACAAAGUCAUGUCGAAGUUGUUGUCGGCCACAGCUCUCACCCAGACACUAGCACGCAGAUUCACAGACGUCACAGCAGCGGUGCUUCUGAAAGGCACAUAUAACAUAGAAACUAGUACCAGAUACAAUUUUUAAAAAAGCAGAUAUCGUCCCAAUACCGAUAUCUCUUAUUGGUACUUGCCCAACCCUUGAUGAAAUGCUUUGAAAAAUGGUUCUUAUUUGGUCUUUUUAUGGAACAGAUUUCAGAAGUCAUAUGAAAGCUUCCUUGCCUCUUCGCUGUUAUAAAUAGGUGAUUGGAAUCCAGAGUGGGUGAGUUCCGCUUUCAUUAACAACAUCAUCUCCACGUCAAGUAUUUGUGGGGCUGGAUCUUGCCGGCAAGUGUGGUGCGCCAUUUCCUGUUUCUCGUGUUGCUUGGUGAGUUGGCUCUCGCCUGCAACUGUAUGCGUCACAAUGGACUAGAUGAUGUGAUUGUGAUUUGAGAUGAUUGUGAAAGUAGGCUGGGUCUCCAUGGCAGGUGUAUUUCCCGGAAGGUCCACAGAUUGGCUCUUCUCAAUUUACGGAACUAUGCCUACAAGCGGGUUGGAGCUCCCAGGGUGUCUCCUUUUUUCACGUCACUCAGCACGCAGGUUUCUGUCAUCUCACCAGGGGUGCUUAAUGUGUCGAUUGCGAUACGGCGUGCCAAAGAAAAAAAAAAUGACAUCAGUGAAUGUUCCCUCUAAACUGCGGGUGUGCGCAAUUGUCUACCGCUGGUGCAGUCUGUUCGCAGAUAUUCUCUUGCACUAAAAAAAAUAAUAAUCCAGUGCAAAUUGAAAGUAUAACAUACGGCUAUUCAGUUUGUGGUAUUUUGCAGUGUGAUUCAAUGAGUGAGGGAUGACUGGUUGUUACAGCCAAUGGCACAAUUCACAUACGUACUGUAAAAAAGAAGAAGCCACUGGUUUCUUUUAGGCGGCACACGGAACUUUCUCUAACAACGACCGCUGCUCUGCCACACUCUUUCCUAGUUUACCUUAUCUUUACCUUAGCCCCCACCCCCGCUCUUGAAGACGUGCACUCAUAAUUACAAAUGUUACAGUA